CUCUUUUAAUCAGGGAAUCCCAGUCGUUCGUUCAACAACAGCGAUUGCACUAAUUAAUAGCGCUGCACCAAGCAGUGUAGAUAGCUUGAGUUGCACUGCACAUACCAAGCACUCAGAACCCUACGUACCAGCCCGCGCCAUCCGAGGAAUCCGCGUAUCCGCGUAUCCGCGUAUCCGCAUAUCGACUCGCGCAUCUUAAGGUUGGCAUUUUCGGAGUCCGACUCUUCUAACCUCUGCGUAGUCGUCGUCAAUCUCAACAAGAUGCGCGUUUCCGUCAGGAUAUCGAUGGUCCUUUGGGCCGUCGUCUUCCUGUCGUUGGUUUGUUACAUUGUGUCACGCCUGCUCUUCUUUAAGCAGCUUUUUUUCGCGCACGCGGGCAUCGCAAUCACCCAAGAGCAAGUAGCAGCCGCCUACAACGCCACCGACAGGACGCGGAUCCAGUACAUUCCCAAAAUCGUCCACCAGGUCUUCCACAACUGGCGCGAUCCGGGCAAUGACACGUUGCCGUCAGAUUGGGUCGCCGUUCGCCAGAACUGCAUCGACAUUAACCCCGAUUUCGAGUUCAAGCUGUGGACCGAGAAGACGUCGCGCGACUUCAUCGAGGCCGAGUACCCGUGGUUCCUGAGCACAUACGAUGGUUACCGAUACAAAGUGCAGAGGGUUGAUGCAGUCCGAUAUUUCUUGCUGUUGCAUUAUGGAGGCAUCUACAUGGACCUUGACAAUGGCUGCAAGGCUGACCUGACUCCCACCCUGUAUUAUCCCGUGUGGAUCACAGAUGGGGGCCGAGGCGCCCUGAGCAACAACAUACUCGCGGCGCGACCGAACCAUCCCUUCUGGAGCCGCCUCACGCUGUCGCUGAUCCGCUACAACUGGAACUGGGUGUUCCCGUACAUCACCAUCAGUUAUGCGAGCGGCCAGUGGUUCGAGACGGCGAUAUGGGAGGAGUACCACGCCUUGCUGCCAAAGCCCGAUGCAAACUCGGCCCACGAGCACCGGCUCUACCGCAUGAUGAUGGACGACCGGCCCACCGCCGACCCCUGGGUGUUCUUCACACAGGAGCGGGGCGGUACCUGGGUCAACUGGGACAAUCGCAUGUUCUUGUUCAUUGGCGAUCAUCUGUUCCUCUUCCUGGUGACCAUCUUUGGCAGCAUCGGUCUUGUUUUCUGGCUGAGCACUCGCCUUUUGCGGAGAUACCGCAACGGCUACACCCGCCUGAAGAGCGUUAACCCAUGAUUUUACGACGACAGGAAUCACUGGGGCGGAUCCAGUCAGGUUUCUGGAUGAACACGGAAGUUAAUACUUCCAGCGUGAACACGGACAUAAGACGGACAUCGUCUCCGAUGUUCUCGUUUGUGUAAUACAUGAG